GACUGACAGAGGGGGAAGGGGAGGCUCGUGCAGAGAUCAACUGGACGCAGAUCAAUUGAACGCCCGUGCGCCGUCAGGUGAAGCCAGGGACAAAUAUAUAAAGAGGAAGAGGAAGAGGAAGUAGGGAGAGAAAAAGACAUAAGGAGGAGGAAGAGUCGUGUUGAAACAGGAGCGGUGUUUUGGGGGUUCAGAGAGGGACAGACAACGGGAGGAAACACGCACGCGGAGGCUGAGGGGAGCCCCAACAAGUGUCUGUGAUUUGUCACCUUGGCCGCACUAGGAGAGCAGACGGACUCCAGUGGAGGGAAAUCAGCGGCUGUGUUUCCCUCCCUCCCUGUUCUCCCCCCCUCUCUGCUCCCUCCCGCCUCUGUGAAUGAUUGAAGCCAUGCCCAUUGUGUCAGCUAGCACAGGGCUGCAUGAGACUCUGGCCCUGCUCACCUCUCAGCUCCACCCCGAUGCAAACCAUAAAGAGGACCUGGUCUUCCUCAAAGAUGUGUUCAGUGAGAAAAGCCUGGGUUACCUCAUGAAGAUCCAUGACAAACUGAGGCAGUAUGAGAAACACAGCCCGACUCCAGUCCUCCACAGUGCCUCCUAUCUGGCAGAGGAUCUGGCAGACGAGCUUCAGAAUGGACCCCUGGAGGAGGACGAGAGAGAGCUCCUUCUCCUGCUGAGCACUCCUCACCUCAAGGCGGUGCUGUCGGCCCACGACACUGUGGCUCAAAAGAACUUCGACCCAGUGCUGCCGCCACUGCCAGACGAUCUGGACGAUGACGUGGAGGAAGAGUCGGUCAAGAUUGUGCGCCUGGUGAAGAACAAGGAGCCCCUGGGAGCGACUAUACGCCGGGAUGAGGCGACAGGAGCUGUGAUCGUGGCCAGAAUCAUGAGGGGAGGGGCAGCUGACCGUAGCGGUCUGGUGCAUGUAGGGGAUGAGCUCCGAGAGGUCAAUGGGAACCUGAUAACACACAAAAGACCGGAGGAAAUUAGUCAGAUUCUGUCCCAGUCGCAGGGCUCCAUCACACUGAAAAUUAUUCCAGCUAUUGCAGAAGAAGACCGGCUGAAAGAGAGCAGGGUGUACCUGCGAGCUUUGUUUGACUACACGCCCUACGAGGACAAGGCCACACCCUGCCAAGAGGCUGGACUUCCUUUUAAGAGGGGGGACGUUCUUCAGGUGGUUAGUCAAGAGGAUGCCACCUGGUGGCAAGCCAAGAGGGUGGGCGACUGCAAUCUGCGCGCUGCCCUCAUCCCCUCUACACAAUUCCAGGAGAGGCGGCUGAAAUACAGGAUGAAAAUCUCCUCUUUACCUCUUCCUGUUUCCCCCAAAGCUCCUACAUAUGAUCGUGCUGAGAGAGAAGACUGUGACAGUGAGGGAGCUCUGAAUGGAAAGGACGUAGCUGGCCUGCGGAGGAGUUUCCGAGCCAAGAAAGAUCGCCUGGGGUCACCAGGAGAUCCACACACUCCAGAUGCCUAUCAUACAGAGUUCCUGAUUUAUGAAGAAGUAACACAGUAUCUGCCCCGCCCUGGAGACAGACCACGUCUUAUAGUACUGAUAGGUUCCCUCGGAGCUCGGCUCACAGAGCUCAAACAGAAGGUGAUCACUGAAAAUCCUAGACGUUACGGUUUGGCCGUGCCUCACACCACUCGAGCCAGGAAGAGUCACGAGAGAGAGGGAGUGGAGUAUCACUUCAUCUCUAAAGCUGCUUUCGAGGCCGAUAUCCAAAACGGCAAAUUUAUUGAGUUUGGGGAGUAUAAAGAAAAUCUGUACGGCACCCGUUUGGAGUCCAUUCAGAGAGUGUUGGAUCAACACAAGCUGUGUCUGGUGGACGUGCAGCCAGAGGCACUGAAGACUCUCCGCACUUCUGAGUUCAAACCGUACGUCAUCUUUGUAAGGCUUCGAAUUCUCGACAGUAAAAGGAAACUGCUCGGCUCCUCUUCCUCACUCAGCUCAGGGAUCACGGAGGACGACCUACAGGAAAUGAAGAUGUCAGCUGAGAGGAUGGACGAUUGCUACGGCCAUAUGGUGGAUUACGUCUUGGUGAAAGAGGACCCAGUCAGUGCCUUAGCUGAGCUCCAGAUCAUACUGGAGAGGGUGCAGGUGGAGCCUCAGUGGGUGCCUGUGUCUUGGGUGAGGAGCUAACUGAGCUGGACUGGUUCAGGUUUGGACCAGUACACCACUGCAUGUGGAGGGCAGAUCAAACUGCGGGUGUUGGAGUGAUCCAGAGUUUACUGCCAUAAUUAAACACAAUAUCAGGUUUGUGAUAACUGGCUGAGGCAAGUCAGUGUAAGAACAACUGCAGAGACUGAAAGCUGCUUUUCAAUCAGUCUAAACAUCAAGCGAGCCUAUGUGUUAGAUUCUUCAGUGUUUAAACCAACUGUGUAUCUGUAAGUGUACAUCGGCAGUAUAACCGCUCUGACACGCAUGUCAUACAUGCAUGUAGGACCAAGUUCCUAAAGCAAGCCGUAGUCAGAAGCCUACACUCAGUAUGAUCUAUAAUGUGAGACGUCUCUUGUUAUAGCAGCUAAUAAUGUGAAGUGCCAUAUCCAGCAUUAAUUGUAAAAAGAAUGAAUAAACCUCAUGCUGGAGACUGUACCUCUGUUAACGUUACGUGAAAGUCUGAAACGUGUUCGAUUUAUCUGAUGAACUGAGAAAUAAAACUCAAGAGCCAUCGAGUCA